AUGGAACCAGUCAUUGAGGAAAAGCGGAAAGCCCUACUUGCUCAUAAAAGAAACACAAAUGGAAGAACUCGGGAUGACUGGCGAGAAGCAAAGAACAGGGCACGACAAACAUCUAGGAGAUGCGCAAAUAACUACUGGCGAAAUUUAAGUGCAGAUAUACAGAAAGCUGCCGAUUCUGGGGACAUUAAGGCAAUGUACGAUGGCAUUAAGAAAUCAGUUGGUCCAACUGUCAGAAAAACAACUCCUCUGAAGACGAAGACAAGAGAAGUUAUUACUGAUGGAGGCAAUCAGAUGGAGCGCUGGGUUGAACACUACCUCGAGCUGUCUGCAGAUGAAAAUGAAGUAAGCAACGAUGCACUUCAUGGCAUCAAACAAAUGCCAGUUAUGGAAGAGCUUGAUGCAAUGCCCACUAUGGAAGAACUUGGCAGAGCGAUAGAUUACCUAGCUAAUGGAGAGGCUCCAGGAGAAGAUGGGAUCCCUGCAGAGAUUAUUAAGUAUAGCAAGCCUGUCCUUGUACAGCACCUACAUUCACUUCUCACAAUCAUCUCGGAAAAAGGCUACGUCCAACUAAAUAUGCGAAAUUCAAAGAUUGUUACUUUGUAUAAACAGAAAGGGACAGAAGUGAUUGCAACAAUUGCCGAGGCAUUUCGCUGUUGA